AUGUCAACAGCAAUCAUCGUUAAAUUAAUAUCAGACAAUUCAAUAUAUCCUGAUUUACAAAUACAAUCAACAGAUUCUAAAACAUUAACUAUUGGACGUAAUGAACAAAGUAAAAUAAAAUCAACACGUUGUGCUAGACAACAAGUUGCUAUUCGUAUUGAAAAUGACCAAGUAUAUAUUGAACAACUUGGUUCAAAUGAUUCAUUUAUAAAUGAAAUUCCUUUAAAAAUAAAUAGUAAACAAAUAUUAAAUGAUGGAGAUAAACUUCAUUUAUUAGAAAAUGAAUAUAGUUAUACUGUUCGAAUUGAACGUUCUAAUCUCGAUAAAUCUUCAUCAAUUGUAUCAACACUUAAAAGACAAAAUACAGAUGAUGAGCAAAUAUCUUAUAAGAAACAAAAAUCUUCUUUAAAUAAAACAGAUCAAGACGAAGAAGGAGAAAAAGAUUCAUUGGAUAAUCAAAAUAUUAAUGAUGCAUCGGAAGAAAAUCGUUUAAAUUGGAUACAACAACAAUUAGACGCUUUACAAGCCAAUACUACUCAAUCAUUACCAACUACAACUACAACUUCUACUCCAAUACAGAAAUCAGAUCCAACAACUACAGAUCUAUGGGAAAAACCUGAUAAGGGUCUUGAAGUCUUUACAUCAAAAGGAGUUAUCAGUAGUGAAAAGAUUGCUGCAUUUGAUAUGGAUGGAACAAUAAUUCUAACGAAAUCAGGCAAAGUACAUCCAACUGAUGAGAAUGAUUGGCGUAUUGGUUUUGAUACAUGCUUUAAAAAACUUAAACAAUUAAUUGCUGAGAAUUAUAAAUUAGUCGUAUUUACUAAUCAACGUGGUUUAAUGAAGGCAACAUCAACAGAUAAUUUUAGAAAAAAAAUUCAAUUUAUUCAACAAAAAUUAAAUGUUCCUCUUCAAGUUUUUGUUGCUAUUCAUUCAGGUCGUUAUCGAAAACCAUGCAUAGGAUCAUGGGAACUUUUACAAUCAAAAUAUAAUGAUGGUAUUAAAAUCGAUAAAUCUAAAUCAUUUUAUGUUGGCGAUGCUGCUGGUCGUCCAGAUAAAUGGAGAACUAAAGCAAAAAAAGAUCAUUCAUCUGCAGAUCGUCUUUUUGCUGUUAAUCUUGGUUUGAAAUUCUACACACCAGAAGAAUAUUUUCUUGGAUUAAGUAAAGCUAUCUAUGAUAUGCCUAAGUUUGAACCUAAAUCUCUUCGAUCAAUUCAAUCACUUCUUGAACCAUCUACUGCUUCAAUGACAUUAGACAAGACAGAAGUAAUUGUUAUGUGUGGCCUUCCAGCAUCGGGUAAAAGUUGGUUUGUAAAAAAACAUAUUGUUCCACAUAAAUAUGAAUAUGUUAAUCGUGAUGAAGUUGGUACAUGGCAAAAAUGUGUAAAAAUGGCUGAAUUAGCUUUAAGUAAAAAACAAAGUGUUGUUAUUGAUAAUACUAAUCUUGAUAAAGAAUCACGACAAAGAUAUAUCGAAGUAGCAAAUACAUUCGGUGUUUCUUGUCGAUGUUUCGUAAUGAAUGUAUCAGUUGAACAUGCUAAACAUAAUAAUCUUUUUCGACAAAUGAUCGGUACAGAUGAUGCUCAUAAAGAUGUCAAUGAUAUUGUUCUCAUGGGUGCUCAAAAACGCUAUGUUAAACCAACAUUAGAUGAAGGUUUCUCGGAAAUUGUUACAAUCAAUAUGCAACCUUUAUUUAACGAUACAGAUAUGGAAGAAUUAUAUUAUCAAUAUAUUCUCGAUAAAUAA